AGGAAGUGACGUUGCACGCAAGGCAGAAGUCACGUGCUCGGCGCCUGUGUGCUUCCUGGCUGGUGGGGGAGGGAUUUGGACAAGAUGGCCGGAUCCACAGUUAAAGUCCCUCGUAAUUUUCGCUUGUUGGAAGAACUUGAAGAAGGUCAGAAAGGAGUAGGCGAUGGUACAGUAAGCUGGGGCCUCGAAGAUGAUGAAGACAUGACGCUUACAAGGUGGACGGGCAUGAUUAUUGGGCCACCAAGGACAAAUUACGAAAACAGAAUAUACAGCUUGAAAGUAGAGUGUGGGCCUAAAUAUCCAGAAGCACCUCCAACAGUUAGAUUCGUAACUAAAAUUAAUAUGAAUGGAAUAAAUAAUUCCAAUGGAAUGGUGGAUGCACGAAGCAUACCAGUGUUAGCAAAAUGGCAAAAUUCUUAUAGCAUUAAAGUUAUACUUCAAGAGCUAAGGCGUCUAAUGAUGUCCAAAGAAAAUAUGAAGCUUCCACAACCUCCAGAAGGACAAACUUACAACAAUUAAUUUUAGCUGAAUCCCAAACUUGUCUUAAAUAACUUCUACUUAUGUUAAUGUCUUGAUUCAAUCUCACAAUGCAAACCACCCACACAUUAAGUUUCUGCUGGUGUACAUGAUCUGGACAUUUGAAAGAAUAUAUAUAUGUAUAUGUAUGCCCCAUAUGUUUUCAGGCACAAUCAGAGAAAAAAGGCAGCACAAUUUCCCCCUCUUUACCAAGGCACUCAUUUUAAGCAUAAGCCUGAAGUAGCCUAAAAUUGGAGCACCAGUGUUUUGAGACGAAAGCAUGACAGGAAGUGUCAGGUUGCUGUGGAAUAAUGUUUCAAAAAACUUUUUCUCAAGAAGAAAACAAAAAAAACAAAUGGCAUGCUUUUAUCCAUCUUGCUUUAGUAAAAGAGCUGCAGAUAAAAUUGUUUAAGUAGCAGGUACUGCAAAUACCAUUGCUCAACUUGUUUAAUUUUUGCAACGGUGUGGGUGCUGACUGCUAGUAGUGUCACAGAAAUACGGUCAGGAUUGUUUUGAUACUUGUAUUUAUAAAAUGGGGAAAUGAUUUUCUUUUAAGCGGCUCCUGUGUGUUACAUGUAAUGGACAUUGCAAAUAUUUGUUUACAGUCUUUGUUCUAAUAAACCAUGCAUUUAAGUUUUAGUGAAACAACAAAAAAGGAAAUAGGUGUAUGGAUAUGUGAUUGAGAAUAAAGUUAGUCUUCAAAUGUAAAUAAAAUGUGGAAAGUAUCCUCCAA